CCGGGCAACAAUCUUCACUCCUCCGCUCGAAUCGCCGCGAUCUGCCGAUCCACCGAUCCACCGAUCCAUAACUACCACCCAGCCACAGCAGCCGGGGCGAGAGAGUGUUCUUAAGAUACAAGUAUCUCGGCGGGGAAAACUCACAAGUUCUUGUUGUGUCCCAUGAUUGCCGUGUGAUCCGUGUGAUCGAUCCAUCGGAGUUAAUCGCACAAAUAUGAGCAGUAAUGUCGGCAUGCGCAUGCUAAUGAUGAUUAUGCCUCAUUUAUAGUGCGCUAAUUGAACGCGAAAUUGCUCGAUAAAAUCAAUACAGCCCAAGCAUUCGCAAACAAACAACAACUCGAAGGGAAAAAUAUUGCCCAGUGUGUUCAGUGAGUGUGUGUGUUAGUCGAGCAGCCAAAAAGUUAAACAGCCAGCUAAAAUGGAUAUCAGCUACAUCUUCGUGAUCUGCCUGAUGGCCCUGUGCAGCAGCGGCAGCGGUUUGAGCCAGGUCGAGGGCAAACAGAAAUCCGGCAGGGGCCGGGGCUCCAUGUGGUGGGGCAUUGCCAAGGUCGGCGAACCCAAUAAUAUAACGCCCAUUAUGUACAUGGAUCCGGCCAUCCACUCCACGUUGAGGAGAAAACAACGACGCCUGGUCAGGGACAACCCCGGAGUCUUGGGAGCCUUGGUGAAGGGCGCCAAUCUGGCCAUAAGCGAGUGCCAGCACCAGUUCAGGAAUCGUCGCUGGAACUGCUCGACGAGAAACUUCUCGAGGGGCAAGAACCUAUUCGGCAAGAUCGUUGAUCGAGGCUGCCGAGAGACGAGCUUCAUCUACGCGAUCACCAGUGCGGCGGUGACCCACUCGAUCGCCAGGGCCUGCAGCGAAGGGAGCAUCGAGUCCUGCACCUGCGACUAUAGCCACCAGUCGCGAUCCCCUCAAGCCAACCACCAGGCGGGCAGUGUGGCCGGCGUGCGGGACUGGGAGUGGGGCGGCUGCUCCGACAACAUCGGAUUCGGAUUCAAGUUCUCCCGGGAGUUCGUCGAUACCGGCGAGAGGGGUCGCAAUCUGCGCGAGAAGAUGAAUCUGCACAACAACGAGGCGGGACGAGCGCACGUCCAGGCGGAGAUGCGACAGGAGUGCAAGUGCCACGGCAUGUCCGGCUCGUGUACAGUGAAGACCUGCUGGAUGCGACUGGCCAACUUCCGUGUGGUUGGCGACAAUCUCAAGGCCCGCUUCGACGGAGCCACCCGCGUGCAGGUGACCAACAGUCUCCGGGCCUCCAACGCCCUGGCCGGGGUGAGCCCCAAUGCGGCUGGCUCCAGCUCCUCGAGCUCCAACGGCCUGAUCAUCCCCCAGUCGGUGGUCUAUGGCGAGGAGGAGGAGCGCAUGCUGAACGACCACAUGCCGGACAUCCUGCUGGAGAACAGUCACCCGAUCAGCAAGAUCCACCAUCCGAACAUGCCGUCGCCCAACAGUUUGCCGCAGGCUGGCCAACGGGGCGGACGCAAUGGACGUCGCCAGGGCCGCAAGCACAAUAGAUACCACUUCCAACUGAACCCACACAAUCCCGAGCAUAAGCCGCCAGGCUCCAAGGACCUCGUUUACCUGGAGCCCUCGCCCAGCUUCUGCGAGAAGAACCUGAGACACGGCAUCCUGGGCACCCACGGGCGCCAGUGCAAUGAGACCUCGCUGGGUGUGGACGGCUGUGGGCUGAUGUGCUGUGGGCGUGGCUAUCGGCGGGACGAGGUCGUCGUGGUGGAGCGCUGCGCCUGCACCUUCCACUGGUGCUGCGAGGUCAAGUGCAAGCUGUGUCGGACCAAGAAGGUCAUCUACACGUGUCUCUAAGGACGCCGACCGCCCUGAAAGCCACCGUCCUCCACAGUAAUGCCCCCUCCCUUCAUUCUUUGUAUGUGUUAUGUAUUUUGUCUACGCUUAGCCUUUGUUAUUAGCACCUUAAGAGCCUAGACUAUAGCCUAGUUAAAGAUACGACUAACGCCCAUCUGAAGCCCCCUCCCCUGACUCUCACUUUUCUAGCAGUAUUACACAAGGAAUAUUAACGAAUAGAUUUCAAGAAAAAGUGAGGAAUACAACAAGUGUUUGCCCAGUUUUUAGUCACGUAAGCCAGCUCCCAAUCGCAGUAAAAUAUUUUGUAAAUUACAAAGCCCCCAUUUUGUAUCCCUAUAUGAUAGUUAGUAUUUAAAAUUAAUUUAGACUAGCUUAAAGUCUUCGAAGCGCGUCCCCUCUCUGCUGAGUCCCUUUCCCCACUCUGUCGCUUAAAAUCUUUUUUAAAUCAUUGAAAACAAGACUGAAAAUUCAAAUAGCGCGCAGCUCCUUCCUUCUCUCUAUCGACCACUGCUUGGACUGCUUGCAUACUGCUUUGGCCAGGACCAAAACGCAUGUGAAGUGGGCGGGAAAAUCCUUUGAGAAAACCGAUUACAUGGGCGGGAAAACCAUUGGAAUGGGUAACAGUAAAUUCCAUUUAAGUUUUCCCUUCUUAGCCUGGUCAUCCAAAACGAAAAAUUACUUUUGUGUACAUAAAUAAGCUUAAAUUAAUGGUUAGUUCUUAGGUUAAAUUCAGACCAACCCCACGAAGUACAGAAAAAGAUUUUAGUUGCUUGGAAUUUAUGAAAUUUGCACACGAAAUAUUUUUUUUGUAAACGCAUUUAAUUUAUCAUCCCCCGGCCCUUCGGUUGUGCGUUCUCCCCAUCGCCCCAUUGUAGGUAUUACUAAUUAACUAAAUGCACUUAGCUGGCUAGUUAAACUAAGUACACAAAUAGCUUGAUAUGAAUAUAAUAUUUAAUUAAUUUAUACUAGCUCAUAGACAUUCAAUUUUGUAAAGUAUUAAUGAGAAGGAAAACAAGAAACUGAAAAGCGAGCAGAAAAAUGCGAAUGCAAUCGAAAACAAAUCAAUAAAAAACAGAAAACGACACUGAGUAAAAAAAUUACA